CUAGGGGUGGAAGGAGGAGACUGUGUAUGUGUUACUGUGUAAUGUGAUCAGGAAUAUAUAUGUGCUGUGCAAGCAACAGAAACUACUGCUUUUACCCCAUCCACUGAAUAAGUGCCACUCUCUCAUGUUGGGGUCCUCAUAAGUAAUCGUAGAAUAUCUCAAGUUGGAAGGGACCCAUAAGGAUCAGUGAGUCCAACUCGCAGUGCUGAAUGCCAGCAUCCUAAAAGAGAAAGGAAAUAAUUUAUUUGCCCAAAUGCAGGCUUGGCCAUACUGGUUUUCCUGUGGUCCCAGCUUCAAAUCCCAAGGAGGCAGACCAAAGUCAAUAUGCUGAUUUAUAGAGCUUUCCUUGUAGCAGCUUCUGUUAUGACUAAAAUCUCAGGGUUUCUCUAAAUCUUUAUUCCAGUAUCUUAGAAGAUUUCUGUUUCUACUGCCCCUUUUGCUCUACUUGUUGUUGCACUUUAUGCUCCCCCAGAUGUAACUUCACAGAAUGAUGACAAAGAUGUUUUAUACUGCCUCGUUUUUGUCACUGAACCAUUUGUGAAUAACUUUGGGUUCUCCAAUCUGUGUGAAGAAAUCCAUAGGGCUGACUCCAUCUUGUAACUUCUGUAUGUUGGGACCUGAGUUUGGUCACUCUUGUGUUAAAAUUGGGCAAGUUUGGUGUUAUCUCAAACUACUAAUUCUUCAAGUACUCUGUAUUUUACUUGCAUUUAUAUAUCAAGGUGCGAGAAUUGGGAGGGGCCAAUAGUGUACAGCUGGUCUUUGUAGCAUAGAUACACAGAUCCCAGACCUUUUCUCCAUGUCCCUUUCUCCAAGCACUCAGAAAAUGGGUUUCUAGCUUCUAGAGGAAGGGACACGGCCAUGCUACAGCACAAGAUUUCCUUGCACAGCCCUUGGAGACACUGCAUGAGGUCUGCAAGUGUCCUACACUGAAAUUCACAGCAGCCUGAACAUGUUGGAGAUCCAUAACCAUAGUAAGGGAAGUAUGUUAUUUUUUCAACCUCAGAGUAAUUUUCUCUUCUCUAGGAAAAGGUUUCUACCCAUCCAGUAGCCCUGAUAAUGUGUAAGAAAAAUUACAUUGAAAACCACUUUCCUUCUGUUUAUUAACAGUAUGUUGAUGCUGCAAAUGCUUUGGAACAAGAGACGAAAUUAAGUUUACGUGGCUUUGAAGUUUGUGACAACAUUGAUCUUGAGACAAUUUUGAUGGAAUAUGAAAGCUAUUACUUUGUAAAAUUUCAGAAGUAUCCUAAAAUCACCAAAAAGGUCCUGGACACAGCAGAAAAUAAACAACAGCUGAGAACCGAGGGAAGACGAAGAAGGGCAGAAAGCUCUUCUCAGAAUGUCCUAAGGCUCAAACAUCAGACAGUGCAACGACCAUUGUCAAAAACUGCACCUGGGAGUACAACAGAAUUUAAAUCUUUCACCAAGGAGAGUCCCAAACAGGAUAAUGACAAUGCAGUUACUGUGGAACGAUCUGAUUUUGGUUUAAGCAUCUCAGCAAUCAACAAAACUGGAGGAGACAGCACUCACCCAAGAAGGGUUGGUGGAAACUUAGGCCAAGUAAUUGACUUCCAUGGAAUGGUUCAGGAUGCUGUUAAAGUAUCUUCAAAUGGAAUAGCCUUGAACAGCCUUAAUUGUGAUCCAGAUCCUUCAGAACGAUUAUUGAAACCCCUUAGUGCUUUUAUUGGCAUGACUGGUGAGAUGAGAGAACUUGCAACGGUUGUAAGCAAAGACAUUUAUCUCCAUAAUCCAAAUGUGAAGUGGGAUGAUAUUAUUGGACUGGAUGCAGCUAAAAGGCUAGUCAAGGAAGCAGUUGUUUAUCCCAUAAGGUACCCACAGCUGUUUACUGGCAUUCUGUCUCCUUGGAAAGGAUUACUGCUGUAUGGACCACCAGGUACUGGAAAAACUUUGCUUGCUAAGGCUGUUGCCACAGAAUGCAAUACAACCUUUUUCAAUAUAUCAGCAUCCACCAUUGUCAGCAAAUGGAGGGGUGAUUCAGAAAAACUUGUCCGGGUGUUAUUUGAGCUUGCCCGGUACCAUGCUCCUUCCACAAUUUUCUUGGAUGAGCUGGACUCAGUUAUGAGUCAAAGAGGCACUAUAUCUGGUGGUGAACAUGAAGGAAGUCGGCGGAUGAAAACAGAAUUACUGGUGCAGAUGGAUGGCUUGGCCCGAUCUGAUGAUCUUGUAUUUGUUUUAGCAGCUUCCAAUCUGCCAUGGGAGUUGGACUCCGCCAUGCUGCGGCGGCUGGAGAAGAGGAUUUUGGUUGACCUCCCAAGUAAAGAGGCACGGCGGGUGAUGAUCCAGCACUGGCUGCCCCCUCUGAGCAACAGCGGAGGAGUGGAGCUGAGAACAGAUCUGGAGUACAGCUUGCUGGGCCAGGAGACAGACGGGUACUCCGGCUCAGACAUAAAACUCGUCUGCAAGGAAGCGGCCAUGAGACCCGUGAGGAAAAUUUUUGAUGCUCUUGAAAAUCAUCAGCCAGGCAACAGUAAUUUACCCACAAUCCGAUUAGACACGAUCACAACAGCAGAUUUCCUGGAUGUGAUGGCCCACACCAAGCCAUCAGCAAAGAAUCUAAGCCAGAAGUACACAGCUUGGCAGAGAGAAUUUGAGUCAGUUUGAGAAGAAAAACCUCAAAAGAUUGACAACUUCCAAGACUUUUGCUAUCCAAAAUGGCAUCGCCUUGCCUCCAAAGGAUUGAGUGGUGAUGGGGAGAAGUUCUGCUGUUUCCAGGGAAGCAAAUGCAGUGAGAAAUAUCAGGGGGAAAUCUUCACUUUCAGAAUUUAAUGGCGGGGAGGGGUGCUGUUUGGUUAUUUUUUAUUAGCCAUUUUAAAUGACCAUUCAAAAAACGUUCUUCGUGGAAAUAAUGUAAUGACAUUUGCUAUGUCAUGAAGACUUCGGCCUUAAUUUUAUGUAUAAAGACUUAAGAGAUUGCUUGCUUGUCAGUCUUUGUUCAUGACAGUUCUUUACAGGUUUGGGGUAGAACAGGUGCAGAAAGCUUGUUCAGAACAGUUAGAUGGCUGGUGUGAAUCUCCCCUUCUGAGACUCACUAGAGCAUCACAACCACCACAGCUUUACCAGCAGAGACCUGCACACUUUUUAUGAAAUGUAAAUCAGUGCUGUCAGUGAAAUUCAGGUAAAUUUGUCAGGUUAGUUUGCCAUCAUUUUCAGCUGAGAUCAAAGCUUUGACAUGCCAAAUGCAUUACUUUACUUUCCAGCUGGUUUGGGGUAUUUCCAAGGUAGAAAAGGCAAGGAAUGAGAGGAACUUGGAGACAUUGUUGAAAAGCAGCAGGCUUAGGCUAAUCUAACUAGGAACUGGAUGGGUGGUUACCCGCUGGUUUGCAGCCAGCCAUAAAAUGCAAACAGCGAGUCCUUGCAGCGCAGGGGUAAGUACGACCCAGAUUGGGGAUUUCUGAUUAGAGACAUGGCCAGGUAGGCAGUCAGGACUGCCACGUUUCCUGCAGUCUUUUAAUCAGAAGUUCUAAUCAGUCAUUUUUUUCAGGUCUUCCUGCCCCUCUCCUGCCCUCCCUCUUCCUUGGCAGCAGGGUUUUCCUUGCACGGGCUUGCGUGCAGCUGCUUCUCCGAGUCCCACGGUCUCGCAGGCACCCAGCGCUGCGGGACCUCGGCAGCAGCGCCGCUCCCGUUGCCAGAAGUCUUUACAGGCAGCGUCUUCACAGGACUUUGCUUACCGCUCUCCCACCUCCGCACCCGACUCUGACCAGGGGCCAAAGACAUCCCCCAUGCACUCCCAGCAGAAACCAACAGAGGUUCAGAAUUGUUGCCAUGAACACCAGACGUGUGAGUUUAUUCAAAACCGUCGGUUAUGAUUUACAAGGGCACAUGAGAAGUAUUUAAAGACAGCUUUUGUUCCUGGGGAGGGGGGUUUAUUGUUCCUUGUACUCCAUCCACACGUUCUGUCUUGGGCAGAGAGUAAAUCUGAGGGUAGGAAACUGCCCACCCUGUCCACGACUGCUGAUCGACACUCUCAUGUAAGGAGAGCUUCCCAUUCGUUCAUCACAAUGAUUUUUCUUAACGAGAACGAGCAUGGCUCAUUAACACAAAACUGUAUUUUCAAUAAGGUUAAUACUCCAGUAAUGUAUAAUUACAACCAAAUAAUUUAACACUCAGGAGCACUGUAAAACAACUGUAAAGGACUUUGAUUAUUACAGUUUACAAAUGGACCAGAAAAGCUAUUUACCAUCAUUACAAAGUUGGUUCAUACCGGUGGAUUUAGCACACAGGAAAAACAUUGUGUACUAUGGAAUUAAAUUUAAUUUUACAGCUCUACUAACAAACUGUGUAAAAACUGGAAUCUGUCCCCAUGGCUUGUGAAGGAUUUUUCCCAUAACAUUAAAAAGAAACAAAAAAACCCAA